GUGCUUACAGUAGCGACGACGCCAUUUGCUUCACUACUCUUUUUAGCAACACUGGGACAAUCGGAGCAAAAAGAUCUGUUUUUGAAAAACUAGAGACCUGCAGGAGCGUCUAGAUUCCGUCGCUUUCCAUUCCAGCUUCUCUUGUUCCGAAAAUCGCUUCCAGUUAGGGAUUUUGCGGAACCAAUUGCCUUUGAGAACUAAACGUCUCCCACGAUGGCGUCAUUCCGUCUGUUGCCCCACGGAGUUUACUCGUUAAUUCCGACCGUAUUGACUUCCAUGGCUUGGCUGGCGAGUAUUUUUCAGGACAAUUGCGGCUUUGCCCGGCUUUCCGGGGACAUUGUCGCAGACAUGACCUCCUCCACAGAGGUACCGUGGCUAGAAGUUGGCUUCACCGCUUUCCGAGAGCCACGCCACAAUAUGCAAACGAACCAAUGGGAAGUCGUGUAUACCGGAACAUGCCUCCCUUACCCGGACGUAGUUGAAAUAGACUUGAUUUGGAAGACUUCCAAGGCCUUUGCCUUUUUGGCACUAGUACUGGGCGGCGGUGGCACCUUUUUCCUAUGGUUCAGCACGUGCUGCGUCUUUUCGCGCGGGACAUGGCGAUGGGCAGGCUACGAAGUUCUCUUUGCUUCGUUCUUUCAAGCCUUGGCCUACAUUUGGUUCCGGACCGCAAUGUGUACGAGCAACCAGUGUGACAUGUCAAAUGGAUCCAACGCUGAUAUAGUAGCAACCUUGCUUUGGUUCAUGGCAGCCGUCGUAAUCUUUGCGCGCUAUCCAAAACCAGCGGAACCGAUAGAGAAUGAUGGUGUAAUGAUGGACCCAGAUAGUGUUGCCUUACCGUCAAUGACGGUCCAGUCGAGCGAGUCGCUGGCACAAGGAACGGUUACUACUGCAGAUUUUCAAUCAGAAGCUUCAAUGGAGGAAGUAGAGUUGGAAUCGCGAGAUGUACAAGUAUCCGGCCAAGAUUCUCGACAAGAAAGACGUAGCAAAAGUAUGGAAGAAGCCGAGAUAGUAUAGCUUCCAACAAGGACCUCGCUUCCUGCGCAGGAUCAUACCGUUAAUACUCUCUCGCUUUUGAGCCCCUUUCGGCACUCGUUGAAGGUGCACUGCCGUUUUCACUAGAUAUGUAUCUCGUACCAACAAAAGGUUACACUUUUAUACUCCUAAAAUGUCAUUCUUUAUACAUCAGUAUGCGUGGACUGCUUGAAAGUCUUGGCUGUGAUG